AUGGCACAGCUAACACCAGCAGAGAUUGAGGUCGCAAAGAAGUUCGACUUGACCUCCAAGAUAAUUCCCUUCUUGGACCGUCAUCUGAUUUACCCACUCAUUGAAAACUUGGACCUCACAUACGAUGAAAAGACCAUCAAAGAACUCUCAUACAAUCUUCUCAGGGAUACCUACAUGAACAAGUUCAUCAACGACUUGAACCCAGACAAGGAGAUUUCUCAAGAUGUCUUGACGAAGCAAAAGGAAAUUGAAGCCAAAUCUGAAGUUUUGGAAGCCGAAACAAAGGAAACAUUGAACUUGUUGAGUAAGAAAGAAGUGCAAGAACAAUUGAAAUCUGACAAGAAUCACAAUAGAAGAUAUUUGGAGUCUCAGCAUGGCAUCACUGAGGAUAAGAUUCAUGCCUUGUAUGAAUAUGGACAGAUUCAGUACAACAAAGGUGACUACGUUAUGGCAAGCGAUUUGUUGGCCAACUUUCGUAUUCUGUCUACAAACAACGAGCUAAACGUUAGCAGCACAUGGGGUCGUUUGGCUUGCGAAAUUUUGUUAUUGGAAUGGAAUAAUGCGUUAGAAGAGCUGUCAAAGCUGAGGGAGCUUAUCGAUUCAAGAACCUCUUUUAACGAUCCACUCUUACAGUUAUACAACAGAACCUGGGUUAUCCACUGGUCUCUGUUCCCUUAUUUCAAGACUGCCAAUGGAUUAGAGACUCUGUGCGAUCUUUUUUUCAGUUCGUCUUACCUGUCCACCAUCCAAGCUUCCUGUCCAUGGGUGUUGAGAUACUUGGUUGUUGCUGUCAUUUCUAACAACAGCAAGAAAUUGAAAGAUCUGGUUAGAGUCACUGCUCAAGAAAGCUACCAGUACGCGGAUCCUUUUACUAAUUUGAUUAAAGCAUUAUACUUGGACUUUGAUUUUGCCCAGGCCAGUCAGCACUUGAACGACUGUGAAGUGAUUUUGAAGACAGACUUCUUCCUGAACAACGAAGACGAGAACCUUCCUCUUAUUUCCAAAAAAUUCAUUACCAACGCAAAGAAAUUAAUCAUACAGGUCUAUGUGAAAUGCUACGGAAGGAUCAGUUUGGAAGCAUUGUCCGAGACUUUGAAUUUGACCAAGCAAGAGCUGAAGGACCUUAUCGCUUCUUUGGACUUGAAGAAUGCUACACUUGACGAUGAAAAGUUGAUCAUUAAUCACACGUCGACCAAGAUUUAUCAACAGGUUAGCGAUAAAGUUAAGUCAUUGGGCUACAAAUCCAACCAGCUACUUGAAAACUUUGCUAAAUAG